CAUUUUUACUAACCUAUGAAAUCAACAUUAAUAUUUCACUUUUAUAGGCUUAGUCAACCGUUGGAACUCUUGAUUACAUGGCUCCAGAAGUACUACUAAAGAAAGGAUAUGGAAUGGAAUGUGACUGGUGGUCUCUCGGAGCAAUUCUCUAUGAAAUGUUAGUUGGGUAUCCCACAUUCUGUUCUGAUGACCCCUGUAUAUCAUGCCACAAGGUAGGUGUAUAUAUACCAGGUUAGUCAUGCAUUUUUAUUGUCUUUAGUAAACAUAUUUAUGCUUACUUAUAAAGAUCUGUACUUACUUCCUCAGGUAAUUAAUUGGAGGGUUUGCUUGAAAUUCCCUGAGGAACCGAAAAUAUCAGAUGAAGCGAGGGACUUGAUUUGUCGCUUGCUAUGUGAUGUUGACUCAAGGUUGGGAACCAGAGGUGCUGAGGAGAUAAAGACUCAUCCGUGGUUCAAUGGCACCCAAUGGGACAAACUGUAUGAAAUGGAGGCAGCUUACAGACCAACUGUUGAUGGAGAACUAGACACACAAAAUUUUGAGAAGUUCCCUGAAGUUGAAGGAUCGGUAUCUGAAACACCACAAGUUGGUCCUUGGAGAAAGAAGUUGACGUCCAAGGACGAUAUCUUCAUUGGAUUUACAUUUAAGAAGUCGGACAUCACAAGAUCAAUGGAAAAUACAGGUACGGACAUGAAACCAAAUGGAUCAGGAGAUGCCCCAUCGUUGAUAUCAUUGUUAGGUAUGUAACGGAAUUGUCAAACCACCAUAGUCUCCAUAU